AGUAUAGUCGACAGAGAGGAGCUCACACACACUCACACACACAAACACACACACACACUCACACACACACUCUCACACACACACGCAUGCAGACCAGACACGUAUCUGCUUCCACAGAGGAACACCGGCCGAUGUGUGAACACAAGCUUUACAACUUAAUUAAGGAGUAAAUAUCCGAACAUGGAGCGGGAGUUAUGGAUUUAACGCGAAGGGGACUUGAAAUGGGCGGUCUGAUGCUGCUGCUGUGGAGCUGCCUGCUGUCGGCGGUUGACGGCUCACCUCUCCUCCUGUUUGCCAACCGGCGUGACGUGCGAUUGGUCGAUGCCGAGGGCGUGCGGGGUGAGUCGGCCAUCGUUGUUAGUGACCUCGAGGAUGCAGCAGCGGUGGACUUCCUGUAUUCCGAGGGCCUGAUAUUUUGGACAGAUGUCAGUGAAGAGGCCAUCAAACAGACGCACUGGAAUCAGUCAUCAAACUCCCUCAAAGAGGCUCUGGGAACUGGGCAGACUGUGGUGGUGUCGGGGCUGGACAGUCCUGAUGGGCUGGCCUGCGACUGGUUGGGUAGAAAGCUCUAUUGGACAGACUCGGAGACCAAUCGUAUCGAAGUGGCCAACCUGGACGGCACCUCAAGGAAGGUCCUGUUCUGGAUGGACUUGGACCAGCCCAGGGCAAUCGCUCUGAACCCCGCCCAACGGUACAUGUAUUGGACAGACUGGGGAGAGGAGCCGAGGAUAGAGCGAGCCGGAAUGGACGGCAGCAACAGGAAAGUGAUUGUGGUGACGGAGAUAUACUGGCCCAACGGUCUGACCAUAGAUCUGGUGGAACAGAAGCUGUACUGGGCAGACGCCAAACUCAGCUUCAUUCACAGAGCCAACUUGGACGGAUCCGCACGUGAGACUGUGGUGGAGGGCACCCUGACCCACCCUUUUGCCCUGACACUGUCUGAGGAGACCUUAUACUGGACCGACUGGCAGACCCGCUCCAUCCACGCCUGCAACAAAAACAGUGGAGAUAAAACCAGAGAGAUCCUCAGUGGGAUCUACUCUCCGAUGGACAUCCAGGUCCUGGAGGCCUACCGGCAGCCUAACAUCCUGACCCCCUGCAGUGACAGUAAUGGAGGCUGUAGUCAUCUCUGCCUGCUCUCUCCAGUGCAGCCUUUCUACAGCUGUGCCUGCCCCACUGGAGUCCAGCUUAAACCAGAUGGGAAGACAUGCAAACCAGGAGCAGAGCAGGUUCUGCUGCUGGCUCGAAGGACGGACCUCCGGAGGAUCUCACUGGACCUGCCUGACUUCACUGACAUAGUGCUACAGGUCGAUGACAUUCGCCAUGCCAUAGCUAUAGACUAUGACCCAGUUGAGGGUUACGUCUAUUGGACAGAUGAUGAGGUUCGGGCCAUCCGCCGAUCCAACAUUGACGGCAGCAAUGCCAUGAUGCUGGUUACCACGGAGAUCAACCACCCAGAUGGCAUUGCUGUUGACUGGGUGGCCAGAAACCUGUACUGGACCGACACCGGCACUGACCGGAUCGAGGUAACCAGGCUGAAUGGAACGUCUCGAAAAAUUCUGAUUUCUGAGAAUCUGGAUGAACCCAGAGCCAUCGUCCUGGACCCCGUCAAUGGCUUUAUGUACUGGACGGACUGGGGCGAACAUCCUAAGAUCGAGCGGGCCCACCUGGAUGGAACGGAGCGGCUGGUUCUGCUUAACAGCUCUCUGGGCUGGCCCAAUGGACUGGCUAUAGAUCACGCUGCAGGAAAGCUCUACUGGGGAGAUGCAAAAACUGACAAGAUAGAGGUGAUCAAUGUGGACGGCAGUAACAGACAUAUUCUGCUGGAGGACAAGCUGCCUCACAUCUUCGGUUUUACUCUGCUGGGCGACUACAUCUACUGGACUGACUGGCAGAGGCGCAGCAUCGAGAGGGUGCACAAAGUCACGGCUGUGCGGGAGAUCAUCAUCGAUCAGCUGCCAGACUUAAUGGGCCUGAAGGCCACAAAAGUGACAGAGACGUAUGGUACGAAUGGCUGUGCGGAGGAUAACGGCGGGUGCAGCCACCUGUGUUUCUGGUGUCGGCAGGCGGUCAACUGUGCCUGUCCCAUGGGGAUGGAGCUGCUGUCGGACCUGCAGACCUGCGUGGUGCCGGAGGCCUUCCUGCUCUUCACCAACAGGGACAACAUCAGGAGUAUCUCUUUGGGUACUAACAGCAACGAUGUGGCCAUCCCUCUGACGGGAGUGAAAGAGGCCUCUGCUCUGGACUUUGACGUCUCUGAGAGGAGAAUCUACUGGACGGACAUACAGGCCAAGACUAUCAGCAGAGCGUACAUGAAUGGCAGCUCUGUCGAACAUGUCAUAGAGUUUGGGCUGGAUUACCCAGAAGGCAUGGCGGUUGACUGGAUGGGUCGUAACAUCUACUGGGCUGACACUGGCACUAACCGCAUCGAGGUGGCCCGGCUGGACGGACAGUAUCGGCAGGUUCUGGUCUGUAAGGACCUGGACAACCCGCGCUCGCUGGACAACCCUCGCUCCCUCGCCCUGGACCCAGCCAACGGCUUCAUGUACUGGACGGAGUGGGGGGGUCGGCCUCGGAUAGCCAGAGCCUACAUGGACGGCAGCACCAUCACAACUCUGGUGGACAAAGUGGGCCGGGCCAACGGACUCACCAUCGACUAUGUGGACCAUCGACUGUACUGGACCGACCUCGACACAUGCAUGAUCGAAAGCACCAACAUGCAAGGGCUUCAGAGGGAGAUCAUCGUGGACGACCUGCCUCACCCCUUCGGCCUCACCCAGUACCGGGACUUUAUCUACUGGACCGAUUUUAACCUGCGCAGUAUCGAGCGGGCAGACAAACGCAGUGGACUCAACCGCACUGUGGUGCUGCAGGGCCAGCUGGAGCUGAUGCUGGACAUCCUGGUGUUCCACUCCUCCCGUCAGGAGGGCACCAACGAGUGUUCCCAUAACAACGGUAACUGUGCCCAUCUCUGCCUGGCCACGCCCGCUGGGGCCCAGUGCCGCUGCGCCUCCCACUACACUCUGAACCCCGACGGACGGAACUGCAGCUCCCCCUCCAGUUUCCUGCUCUUCAGUCAGAAGGCCAGCAUCAGCAGGAUGGUGUUGGGAGAGCAGAGUCCGGACAUCAUCCUGCCCAUCCACGUGCUGAGGAACGUCCGGGCGGUCAGCUACGACCCUCUGGACCGCCUGGUGUACUGGCUGGACGGACGACAGAACAUACGCAGGGCCCGGGACGACGGAGCCAUGUCUUCCAUGAUCGUGAGCAGCAGUGUUCAGCCAGCGGACAACCAGCUCCAUGACCUGAGCCUGGACCCCUACAGCCGCCACAUCUACUGGACCUGUGAGACCACCAACACCAUCAACGUCCAGAGGAUGGACGGCCACACGGUGGGCGUGGUCCUGAAGGACGACACCGACAAACCCCGGGCCAUCGUGGUCAACGCUGAGAAAGGGUACAUGUAUUUCACCACAGUGCAGGACCGCUCGGCUAAGAUCGAAGGAGCCUCUCUGGACGGCACGGAGAGAGAGUCUCUGUUCACCACCGGACUCAUCAGGCCCGUGGCUCUGGCUCUGGACAACAAAAUGGGAAAACUGUUCUGGGUCGACGCAGACCUCAAACGCAUCGAGAGCAGCGACCUGACAGGAGCCAAUCGCAUCGUCCUGCAGGACUCCAACAUCCUGCAGCCGACGGGGGUUACUGUGCUGGGAGAGCACCUGUACUGGAUCGACCGGCAGCAGCAGAUGAUCGAGAGGGUGGACAAACUGACCGGAGACGGACGCACGCGCAUUCAGGGCCGCAUCUCCUACCUGACCUCCAUCCAUGCUGUGGAGGAGAUGGACCCACAGGAGUUUGCAUCCCACCCAUGUUCUCGCGACAACGGCGGCUGUUCUCACAUCUGCAUCGCUAAGGGAGACGGCACCCCCCGCUGCUCCUGUCCCAUGCACCUGGUGUUACUGCAGGACCUGCUGCACUGUGGAGAGCCCCCCACCUGCUCCACAGAGCAGUUCACCUGCUCCACAGGAGAGAUCGACUGCAUCCCCAUGGCCUGGCGCUGCGACGGCUUCCCAGAGUGUGACGACAGCAGCGACGAGGAGAGCUGCCCCGUCUGCUCCUCCCAUCAGUUCCAGUGUGACAAAGGAGGCUGCAUCGACGCUCAGAGGCGCUGCAACGGGGAACCUGACUGCGCCGACCACUCUGAUGAGCAGGACUGUGAGACCAUCUGCCCUCCUAACCAGUUCCGCUGCGGAGACAACCAGUGCAUCACGAAGAAGCAGCAGUGUGACAACUACUCUGACUGCCCCGACGGCUCCGACGAGCUCGCCUGUGAGUAUGUGUCUCCUCCCUCCGUCCCUAACACAGGGCCCAACACCAUCGGCCCGGUCAUCGCCAUCAUCCUGCUGGUCUUUGUAAUCGGGGGAGCCUAUUUUGUCUGCCAGCGGGUGGUGUGUCGACGCUACAAGGGCCCCAGUGGAACUUUCCCUCAUGAGUACAUCAGUGGGACGCCCCAUGUGCCACUCAAUUUCAUCGCACCCAGCAGCUCGCAGCAUGGCACCUUCCAAGCUAUUUCCUGUGGGAAGUCCAUGAUGAGUUCAGUCAGCCUGAUGGGCAGCAGCAGCAGCGGAGCUCCUCUCUACGACAGGAACCAUGUGACCGGAGCCUCCUCCAGCAGCUCCUCCUCCACCAAGGGAGCCUUCUACCCUCAGAUCCUGAACCCUCCUCCGUCCCCGGCCACUGACCGCUCACUCUACAACACAGAGAUCUUCUACUCCUCCAACAGUCCUUCCACCACCAGAUCGUACAGACCCUACCACCCAGUCCGUGGUGCGGCCCCCCCCACCACCCCCUGCAGCACGGACGUCUGUGACAGCGACUACACCCCCCACCACCCGCCGGCCGGGCUGGCGUCCUCAGCGGGCCGCUGGAAGACCGCGGGCCACGGCGCCCACGGCAAACACAACAAGUACUACAUGGACCUAAACUCGGACUCGGACCCCUACCCACCGCCCCCCACCCCCCGCUCCCAGUACCUGUCAGCUGAGGAGAGCUGCCCCCCCUCCCCUUCCACCGAGCGCUCCUACUUCCACUGUGCCCCCCCCCCUCCCUCACCCUGCACCGACUCCUCGUGACCCUGCAGCAGCCCAGGAGCCCCCUGAGGAUGCAGGGUGCAGAGAACUGGCCUCAAUUGGCCCCCCUUUCCCAGGGAGAGAACUCACGUGCCAACCUCCCUGAGCGGCCCCCCCACUGCCUUUAUCAGCUGCUAUGGCUCAAGUGCCUUGCUCAAGGUCCCUACGUCCCACAUCCGUCAUUUCAUCAUUCCAGUCGUCUUGGAGCCUUCAUCUGAUCAGAGCUCUGAACACUCGCUCAGUCAGGACAGGUUGCAGGUUCAAGGCCCCCCCCCCCCCCCCCCCCACCCUGAUGCAGGAGUUGAUGAGAGCAGCUCCCGCUUACAUUUUCAUUCCAUCAAAAGAAGAAAACUUUCACUUCAACUAAAUAUGAAGCCCUCCAUCUGUCCUCACACAGUAACCUGACUCGUGCUGCUCCUGAAAAGCAUUGAACGGCCCCCCCCACAGAGUGCCAGUGUUGUGUGAAAGCCUUUCCUCCCUUUCCUUGUUGGCAGACCAGCGACAGGACUGUACAUAGUGUUAAAAUAAUAUGAACGAAAAAUAAAUCAGAGAGGACUUAUUUUACUAUUUUAUUCACGCUGGCUGAUCCACCGCUCCACACAAAGCAAGGACACACAGAUGAGUGGGUGUAUGCAUGCUGGAUGUGUGUAUGAAACAUGGACAUAUGUAGGAAAUAGAUGAUGACUGAAUUCAUGCGUAGAAGUGUGAGUGAAGGAGUGGAUGGAUGGAACAGGGCCAAGAUCAAAGUGAAAUCUUUUGUACAUUGUUUGAAAUCCCUCACAUUUCACAUUGUGAAUAAUUAGUAGUCGAGACAGUCCCCUCUGUGUCCCGUCACAUCACCAACAUACCAAAUGAAUAUCAACAUGUAAAGCUAUUGUACAUACUGUGUGUGUAAUGAAGUCAAUGAUUGUGCUUUUCGUCGUGAACCUCUUCUAUCACUUUCUCUACCCUUAUCGUCCCGUUUACCAAAAGUAUGUUUGCUGCUAUUGUGUUCAUACUAUAUCAGUUACUAUAAUUACACAGAGAAGCCCAAAAUACCACUCUCAUACUGACAUUAGAACAUGAAGCUAUUUUACAGUUAAUAAUUCUUAUAGCGACUUUUGUUAUUCGUAUUUCUGUUUGUGUGUAGAUCAAUAUGUAUGUUUUUUGUGUCGCUCGCCAUGUUUGGUUUGAAGGAGUCUUUUUUGGAAAUACAAAGAGUACCGGCUGAGACAUUUAUUCAGAGCUGUCCCAGGAGUCAUCGUGAUGUCACUCCCACACAUCCACACUUGGCCAAUCACAGCGGAGGGUUUAAAAAGGGGAUUUAGGAACCGUCAGAUAGGCACUUGGUUUGAAGCUCCUGCGGCCUUGCAGCUCAUCACCUCCUAUAUAAAGCUUUCCCACACAAGAAACCAAAAUGUAAAGGUUUGACUGGUGAUAAUUACUUUCUGACCCUUAAUCUAUCUUUGCCACGUCAUCCAGCCCUGCCCAAUCAUUACAGUGAGCUAAGCACAAUGUCAGACUUUUGUUUUGUCUGGACACAAUAACUCAACUCACUCUGGAAAUACUAAUCACUGCUGCUGCCAUGCCAACUAUAGGUUGGAAAACAAUGUAUAUACUUCACUUCCUCUGAGUGGGUCUCUGACGGUGGUUAAGGGGGUAAAUGGUCCAGUCAGAGUGCCAGUAGGUCAGUAGGUUGAUUGCUAGCCCCUGCAGUCGAUAUGUCGAUGUGUCCUUGGGGAAAAUACUUAACCCCAAAUAACUCCCGUAGAAAUGUGUACACUAAAGACGUGUAUGUAAGUCACUUUGCAUAAAAGCGUCAGCAAAUGACUUAAUGAUGUUAUUACAAUAUUAUCUCUUGGGACACUUUGAAUGUGUGGUUCCACCUGAGGACUUACAGAACCUAAUGAGAAUCACUGAACCUUUAUCUUGUUCUAGGUUAUUUUAUUUAAUCAGCGAUUAGGAGAAAAACUGUGUUUUUAAGGGAAAUCCAGCACUUAUUAUUAAUAUCUUAUCAACACAGGGCCUAGAAAAGUGGGAAGACAUUUAAUGCACUUACGAUAAAAAACAUGUUAAUAUUCCCCUGGAUAUAAAUGAAGAAGGAGGGUGUGGGCUGUGUAAACCAACCUUAAGGCAGGUUCGAUUAUCUGAAGAUGGUUUUAGGGGCCAUCCUCUAAGCUUUCCUUGAUGCCAUCUGUGUAACACGGUAAUGUGUGAUGGGGAACUACAUACCAAUCGGUCUGUGAGUGUAGCAUGAAGGCAUAAUGGUGUCCAGAAGAGCUAAUAAAGCACAUACAUAGGAGCUUGGCGCUUUUGUAACCUGCAGUAAGCUUGUUGCUGUUGGCUGAUGUACUUUCUCCUGCAGGGGAAUCACAGCUGAAGUCUGGUGACAGAUGUCUAAAUGUGUCAGCAGGAACUCUUUCAUAUUAAGGGCUGAAGGCCCCGCCUCAAACCACUGUGUCAGUAAAACUCCUUAAAGCCUGUAUUUGUUGUCUCAGUUAAAAAUGCUUUGUAUAAUUUACACUUGUGACAUAUUUUGUAUCAAAAGCAUUUUUAUAUAAUAAAGGUUCUAUUUUAA